AUGGUCCUCGUCAAAGACACUUCGGGCUCGCGAGCCGCCAAGCUCAUCAAGUCUUUCUGGGCUAUGACGAAGGGAGAGCAGCAGAUCACCAAUGCUCACUCUGCUAAGCUCUUCUUGCAAGCCUGCAAGGCCUUCAGCGACAAGAAUACCGCUGUCAAAUGCGUCGAAGUCCUCAUCUCCAACCCUCCCGGUAUCCCGGCUCUCGAAAGAGCUGUGCGCGCUGACCUGAGCCCUGACUUCAUCAACUCGACCACAUUGCCUCUUAUCCUUACCCUGGCGGAUGAUGGUGUCAUUGCGCUCAACAACGGUGGAUUCCUACGCCAAAUCCUAUCUGCCAUCCUGGAGCCAAGUACAUUCUGGAACGCUUCAAUGGAUGCAUACGGCAGUGAUAGACUUGACAGCCUUGGACUGGAAGCCUUCGCUUGGCUCUGCCUACAGGUCGUAUCUGAUCAAACAAGCUUUGAUGUACACAAACUCGCAGUGGAACAAAUGAUGGAGCGCCAAACUCUUCUCUCCUCCCAGCUACCCGAAGUUCGCAAGAUCGCCUAUCGCAUCGAGAAGAUCAUCAAGAUUUUUUCCCAGCCCCAAUCUACAACGGAUGGUGUAACUCCUGGAGGACGUCACGACAAUGAUUAUGCCGACUUUCGCCAAAUCUCCAUCUAUCCCACCAGCGACGAAAUCACAUCUACCGACCCUCCGUAUCUCCAGCGACUUGGAGACGUGUUUGACACGCCGAUGGACACCCGAAGCCAGGUUUAUCGCGAUUGGCUAUUUCGGUUGCUCCGCGAAGACAUGUUGUCUGAGAUCCGGGAUGACCUCCAAGUUGCCAUGGGCCGGAAGAAGAGCAAACGCCGACCAGUCGCCCUUGGCCAGAUGGAACUUUUCGAUGGCUAUGGCGAUGACACACCCGCACGACACAUCCUCCCUUACAGUUUUUUCGUGGCCUGUGGCCAAGGUGUAAACUUCCCUCGCAAGAUGUCCAAAGAAAAGAAAGUAGCCUUUCUUGCCAAUGCGAAGAAUUUCAUGAAGCAUGACUCUUUCGGCGCACUCUGCUGCGGUGACAAGAUCAUCGCCUUCGGAUCACUUGUGAGAAACGAGAAAAACCUAUUAAAGUCACCGCCUAUCGUCGGACUCCGAUUCAACGACCCAUCUGGCUUGAAGUCCGCUCUGACUGCUUUCGGGAGUCCCCUCAGGAAUGAGCUCAAGUUUUUGAUCGUCGGGACUGCUACCUUUGCGUAUGAGCCUAUCCUAUGUCGCCUGAAGACAAUCGCAGACCUUCCUCUUGAAGCUCAAUUACUUGAUCAUGAGCAACCGCCGCUUGAUAGUCUGAUGCCCAGUAAAAUGGAUACUUUUAUCGACAGAUGCAAGACAGCAUUUGAGUCUGGCCUCAAAGUUACGAUACCAUCAAGUUUCACGCAAAAGAAAGACAUUUACCUUCAAGGUGCUCAGCUCAAGUCCCUCAUCCACGGGUUGAGUAGCGACGUGGCUUUAAUCCAAGGCCCCCCAGGUACUGGAAAGUCAUUCUUGGGCGCCAUCAUCCUUUUGACUAUUCUGCGCCUAACCAAGUCCCGCGUUCUUGUUCUCAGUUACACCAACCACGCUUUGGACCAGUUUUUGGAAGAUCUCAUGGAUAUCGGUGUUGAUUCAGACGACAUGGUUCGCCUUGGGUCAAAAUCUACUCCAGCCACCCAGUCCACUCUUUUAAAGGAGCACAAUGGCCAGAAGCAAUUCUGGUUGACUAUGGAAGAGAAAAACAUCCUCAACGGACUGCAAGCUGAAGAAUCAUUCCUUAAUUUGGAGCGUGAUGAAUGCAGUAGGAAACUCACAGGGCGCGACGUCAAUCCCACUGAUAUCCUUGAGCACCUUGAGUUUUCGGAUUCUUUUACAGCAGCGUGGUCGGCGUUCCAAGUCCCUGAUGAUGAUGGCUUUCAGAUGGUAGAUGCCCAUGGUAAGAUCAUGGAGCCUGAGGCCAUUUAUAGCCACUGGAUACGCAAUAGUGAUGCCAAAGUCAUGGGAAGCCUAUACGAGUCAUUGGAAGAAUCUUCUCGUGCUUUUUGGGACCUAUCACACGCAUCAAGACUAGAACUACACCGUGAAUGGGCGAGCAAGGUUCGAGAAGAGCAUAUUAUCAAUUUUGCCGAUCUGAGCAAGAGAUUCAGCGACACGAAAGCCCAGAUCAAAAGUAUACGGGACGAGCAAAGUCGAAGAGUGCUCAAGAACAAGCGAAUCAUCGGAUGUACGACUACUGCCGCGGCCAUGUACCAAUCCAUCAUCGAAACAGCAGCCCCAGAUGUAAUUCUUGUCGAAGAAGCGGGAGAAAUUCUAGAAGCGCAUAUCAUUACUGCUAUGAGUGCCUCCGUCAAACAACUCAUCCUCAUCGGUGAUCACAAACAAUUGAGACCGAAAGUCGGCAACUACGCUCUAACCAAGGAAAAAGGCGAGGGUUAUGACUUGAAUGUCUCCCUAUUUGAGAGACUUAUCACCCACGGUCGUCACUUUACAGCACUGGAAGAGCAGCAUCGUAGCCACCCGGAUAUAUCGCAAUACCCGCGGAUGCUAGCAUAUCCUGAGCUGAAAGACAUGCCAUCCACUCUCAAACGUGACUCAAUUCGAGGGCUCAAAUCUCGGAUCACGUUUGUUCACCACGAAAAACUCGAAGACACCAUGGAUGAUGUAAACGACAGUCGAGAUCCCAUCGCCAAGGCCACCAAGAGAAAUGCACACGAGGCGUUGAUGGUUCUCAAGAUGGUCCGUUUCCUUUCGCAGAAUGGAUACAAAACCCAGAACAUGGUUGUCCUUACGCCAUAUCUCGGCCAGCUGUUCCUACUCAAGGAAACUCUGCGACAAGAAACCGAUCCCGUGCUGGGCGACAUUGACUCACACGAUUUGUUACGCGCUGGGCUAAUUACGCCAGCAGCAGCGAAGGUCAACAAGACGUCCCUUCGCUUGUCAACCAUCGACAACUACCAAGGAGAAGAGUGCGAUAUCGUCAUUGUUUCACUCACGCGCAGCAACAACUCUGGCGACAUCGGGUUUCUCUAUGCUCGCGAGCGACUUGUUGUACUACUAUCGCGAGCGCGAAAUGGCAUGAUUCUCUUUGGUAACAUGGAGACCUUCAUGAAGAGUAAGAAAGGUGGGGAAAUGUGGACGCAAUACUUUGACGCACUGAAGACAAACGAUUCUCUGUUCAAUGGUGUCCCAGUCCAUUGCGAGCAACACCCAGACGUCUCUAUGCUUUUAAAGACCCCCGAAGACUUUGAUACGAUGUGUCCCGAUGGCGGGUGCGCAAAACCUUGUGGUGCUGCCCUCAGCUGUGGGAAACACAAUUGCAAUCUACGCUGCCAUCGAGUACAGGACCAUUCGAAGGUUGCAUGUUUCGCAAAGAUCGACCAGACCUGCGCGAGAGGUCACACAUCCAAGGUACCUUGCGGAGACAACUCCAAGAGUUGUAAAGCAUGCACCAAAGAGGACCAAGAGAAUCGCCGCCGUAUACUCCGAGACUUGGACAUUGAAAGAACCCGACAAGAGCAGGAAGACAAAUACCGGCUAGAGUUACAAGAGAUUGAUGAUGAGAUCCAUCAUCUCCGUCGAACGGCCCAGCACGAGUCGGAAACAAAAAAGAAAAUGGACGAAGUCGAACAGAAGAAAGAAGAGCUCGAGUCUUUGCGUCAGGCCAGGGCCAACAAGGCCAAGUUGGAAGCAGCCCAGGCAAAUGUACCACUAUCCAAGGCAUCGGCUCCACAAUUUGAUGUUACUUCGAGUGCUGCAUCUGAGUGGAAGCACAUGAAGGAGCUCGAGGGUGCGCGUAACGCUGCUUUGGACAAACUGAUGGGGAUGAUUGGAUUGGAAUCAGUCAAAGACCAGCUACUUUCUAUCAAGUCAUCUGUCGACACCAAAAUACGUCAAGGGUUCUCACUUGGAGAUGAAAGAUGGAGUUGUUCGCUACUUGGCAAUCCGGGUACAGGCAAGACGACGGUUGCCAGGAUCUACGCCGAGUUUCUCAGUUCUGUCGGGGCUGUCGCUGGUAGCUGCUUCCAAGAAGUCACUGGAUCGAAACUGGCCAACAUGGGUGUCUCUGGUUGCGAAAAGCUCAUCGAGAAAGUCAACAAUGACGGUGGAGGAUGUGUCUUCAUCGACGAAGCCUACCAACUUUCAUCAGGCAACAGCCCUGGUGGGAAAGCAGUCCUCGAUUAUCUGUUGGCCGAGGUUGAGAACUCUCGCGGCAAGAUCGUCUUUGUUUUGGCCGGCUACAACAAGGAGAUGGAAUCCUUCUUUUCACACAACCCAGGAAUUCCCAGCCGCUUCCCUAUCGAGAUGAAGUUCGAGGACUAUGAAGAUGAUGAGCUUCUAAAGAUUCUCCAACUCCAGAUCCACCGCAAGUUCAAUGGGACGAUGGCGGUAGCUAAAGGUGUGGAUGGACUCUUCUGCAGAAUCGCCGCCCGCCGGAUUGGCCACGGUCGAGGUAAGAAUGGGUUUGGCAAUGCUCGCGCUGUAGAGAACCAUCUACAGGCAAUCUCGAAGAGGCAGUCAGCGCGAAUCCGGAAAGAACGUCAAGCAGGAGCCAAGCCAAACGACCUACUCCUUACUCAAGAAGACAUCAUUGGGCCGGAACCUUCGCAGGCACUGAUGAAGAGCAAGGCGUAUCGAGAGCUCAAUUGCAUGAUUGGGCUACAGGAAGUCAAGGAUGCGAUCAAGGUCCUGAUGGAAACACUGAAAACGAACUUUGAGCGCGAACUCGCGGAAGAACCUCUGGUCGAGUUUUCUCUCAACAAGGUAUUCCUGGGGUCGCCUGGAACAGGGAAAACAACCAUCGCAAAACUCUAUGGCGCAAUCUUGAGAGACUUGGGCCUGCUGUCCAAUGGAGAAGUUGUCUGUAAGAAUCCUGCAGAUUUUGUCGGAGCCGCUCUUGGGCAGUCCGAAGCUCAGACCAAGGGUAUACUUGCCGCGACAGUUGGUAAGGUUCUUGUUAUUGAUGAGGCAUACGGGUUAUCAGGAGGAGGAGGCUCAAACGGCUCUGUCGCUGAUCCGUACAAGGAGGCUGUCGUCGACACCAUCGUGGCCGAAGUGCAGAGUGUGCCUGGCGAAGAUCGUUGCGUCCUACUUCUCGGCUACAAGGACCAAAUGGAGCAGAUGUUCCAGGAUGUCAACCCUGGCCUCAGUCGGCGAUUCCCUCUUUCUUCCGCUUUUGUUUUCAAAGAUUUUGAUGACGACGCGUUGGCAAAGAUCCUCGACAUGAAGCUUGGCAAGUCGGGCUUCAAAGCAACAGAAAAGGCCAAGGCUGUUGCACUGGAAGUCCUUGGCCGGGCAAGAAAUCGACCGAAUUUCGGGAACGCUGGCGAAAUCGAUAUCCUCCUUGACAGGGCAAAGGCAAGCCACCAGAAACGCCUCACUGCUGGUCUUGUCAACAGGCGCACUACUCUGGAGGCCGUGGACUUUGACGAGGAGUUUGAUCGAGCCGAAAAGGGGGGCACUGACAUCAACAAGCUGUUCUCUGGCGAUGUUGGUCGAGAUGACCUUAUCGCUACUCUACAGCGCUACCAGACUUGCGUUCGCCAGGCUAAAGAGCUCGACAUUGACCCAGAAAUUCCCUUCAACUUCCUUUUUCGUGGUCCACCUGGAACGGGCAAGACAACAGCCGCUCGCAAGAUGGGCAAGGUCUACUACGACAUGGGAUUCUUGGCUAAGCCCGAGGUUAUUGACGUCUCUGCAACUGAGUUGAUUGGACAGUAUGUCGGGCACACGGGACCGAAGGUGCAAAAGCUCCUAGACAAAGCCCUCGGAAGAGUACUCUUCAUCGACGAAGCAUACCGUCUGGCAUCCGAGUCGGGGUCAUUUGCAAGAGAGGCAGUUGAUGAGCUGGUUGACUUGGUUACCAAACCGAAGUAUCAUCAGAAGCUGAUCAUCAUCUUGGCUGGCUAUGUCCAAGACAUCAACACUCUUCUCGCAAUCAACCCAGGAAUGUCGAGCCGAUUUCCCGAAAGUAUAGAUUUUGACCCCUUGAUUCCUUCGGCUUGCAUUCAAUUGAUGACGAAGCAAAUGCAAGUUCACAAGGCCAAGCUGAAGGGCCGGAGGAUCGUGGACCUCUCAUGCUUGGAAACCCCAGCAGAACCAUUUUUGAAUGACCUGACCAAGCGUUUCGAAGCUUUGUCACAGCAAGAUAGUUGGGCCAAUGCAAGAGACGUCAAGGAGCUGGCAAAGAAACUUUUCCAAAAGUUUGACCUUUCCUGUCAGCAAUUGACGCUGAAAGAGGACUUGGUUCUGGCGACACUGGAAGACAUGUUGAAAGAGCGCCGCGGCAGAAUGGACAACAAGAAGCCGACAGCAGCGGCCGAGAUCGCAAAGGCGUUUGUCAAUGGCCCUACCUUCACUCCUCCCGUUACCACGACUAGUAAGGUAUCGACUACCUGUGAGAAGGAAGCUGAAGAGCAAGAAGAAUCGACAGAAGACCCCGUGCAUUCCAAUGCACUCCACAGUAUUCGUGAUGCUGGAGUCAGUGACGAGGUGUGGGAGCAACUCCAGAAAGACAGAGAGAAGGAGGAACGCGAUAACGAAGCCCUCCGACGCCUAAAGAAAGCACAGCGAACUGCAUCGGAGGCCGACAGAGAGAGACUCGUACGAGAGAUCUUGGUAGAGGAGAAGAAACGCAAGGAGAUAGAGGAAAGAAAGGCGAAGCUAAUGCAUAUGGGUGUCUGUCCCGUUGGAUACCAGUGGAUCAAGCAAAAUGGAGGGUUCCGGUGUGCCGGAGGUUCACAUUGGAUGACGGAUGGAGAAGUGGACAGUAUGUAG